AUGAGUUACCGUGGUAUGAAUCCUAACGCUGAGAUUGUUAGCAAGUCACAAGCGCUUAUGGUCAACGUAAGCGCUGCUAAGGGUCUACAGGGUGUCUUAAAAUCAAACUUGGGACCUCGUGGUACUCUCAAGAUGCUCGUGGGUGGAGCUGGACAAAUUAAACUUACAAAGGAUGGCAAUGUGUUGCUACAUGAGAUGCAGAUCCAGCACCCGACAGCAGCUCUUAUCGCACGUGCAGCUACUGCACAGGAUGAUGUGACGGGUGAUGGUACUACGUCCACUGUUCUAUUUAUUGGUGAGCUACUGAAGCAAGCGGAGCGCUUCUUGGCUGACGGGCUACACCCGCGUAUCCUGUUGGAAGGUUUUGAGCUUGCAAAGGACGAGGCCCUGCGUGUGCUGGAAAGCAUCAAAAUUACACCUGAGGACAUAUUGAAGGAUCGUGAAUUACUCUGUAGCGUGGCCCGCACCUCAUUGCGCACCAAAUUGGAUCAAAAACUUGCUGAUCAAUUGACUGAGAUCAUUACAGACGCUGUACUGACGAUCGCCGUGCCUGGCCGUCCGAUCGAUUUGCAUAUGAUUGAGAUCAUGCACAUGAUGCACCAGAGUAGCAGUGACACCCGUCUUGUGAAGGGUCUGGUGCUUGAUCACGGAUCACGCCAUCCGGACAUGCCGACAUCACUGGAGAAUUGCUACAUAAUGACGUGCAAUGUGUCGCUGGAGUAUGAGAAGAGCGAGGUGAAUUCAGGUUUCUUCUACAACAGCGCUGAUCAACGUGAAAAGAUGGUUGAGGCUGAGCGCAAGUUCACAGACGAUAAGGUGCGACAGAUCAUUGAUCUGAAGCGCGAGGUUUGCACGGAGGAGAACAAUAAGAGCUUUGUGAUUAUCAAUCAAAAGGGCAUCGACCCUCUGUCGUUGGACAUGCUGGCAAAAGAAGGCAUUCUGGCCUUGCGGCGUGCAAAGCGUCGUAAUAUGGAGCGAAUAACGCUUGCUUGUGGUGGUAUGCCUAUCAAUUCCACGGACGAUAUGGACGAAUCCAUGCUGGGGUAUGCUGGAAAGGUGUACGAGCAGACUCUGGGCGAGGAACGCUACACGUUUGUGGAGGAUGUUCAGCACCCAAAGUCGUGCACGAUUCUAGUCAAAGGCCCGAAUGAGCACACAAUUGCGCAGAUAAAGGAUGCCAUCCGCGAUGGCGUUCGCGCUGUAAACAACGCCAUUGAGGACAAGGGUGUCGUUCCAGGUGCUGCUGCUUUCGAGCUGUCUGCUCACGAGGCCCUAAACAAGUUUAAGGGCACGGUGAAGGGCCGCGCCAAGCUUGGUGUGCAAGCUUUUUUGGACGCGCUGCUCGUUAUUCCCAAGGUCUUGGCUGAGAACUCGGGUCUCGACGUGCAGGACACUCUGAUCGUCGUUCAGGAGGAGCACCAGAACUCGGGUAUGCCUGUUGGAAUUGAUCUCUUCUCGGGCGAGCCCAUGCUGCCAGAGCAGGAAGGUAUCUGGGACAACUACCGAGUGAAACGUCAAUUCAUCCAUCUUGCUACGACACUAGCUUCGCAACUACUGCUAGUUGAUGAGGUUAUGCGUGCUGGGAAGCAAAUGGGCGGUGGUGGUGGUGAUAUGCAACCUGAGCAGUAA